AUGACUCAGGCACCUUCAGAUUACCUGAUCACCUCCAGCCCCUACAACUAUGAGCAGCCCCUGCCUGCCGUGGCGCGGACAAAUUUCAUCACGCAGGUUCCUCUGACCAAGAAAAUAACGUUCUUCAAGAGCGGAGACCCUCAGUUUGGGGGAGUCAAGAUGGCCAUUAACCCACGCAGCUUCAAGAGCUUCAAUGCCCUCAUGGAUGACCUCUCCCAUAGGGUCCCUCUGCCGUUCGGGGUGAGGACCGUCACCACUCCACGGGGGAUUCACUGCAUCAGUGCGCUGGACCAGCUGGAGGACGGAGGGUGCUACCUCUGCUCUGACAAGAAAUACGUCAAGCCCUUUAGCAUCGGCACGGGCCGGAGGGUAGGCCCUCAGUGGAAUGGCCGCCCGGUGAGUGCCCUGAGGAAAGGAGGCCAGGAGGGCAGGCGUGAAGACCAUUCCAGGCCUUUCUCCCAGCAAGGCCCCAAAAUACUCAAGAAAAUCACUCUGGUUAAGAACGGGGACAUUGGUGUCCGGCGCUCGAUUAUCCUGAAUCACAGGAAUGCCCGGAGUUUCAAAACUCUCCUGGAUGAGAUUUCCGAGCUCUUGCAGUUCACGGUGAAGAAGCUCUACACUGUUGAUGGGAAGAAGAUCGACAGCCUGCAGGCUCUGCUCCACUGCCCAAGCAUGCUGGUGUGCGUAGGCCGGGAACCGUUUAAACCACUAGUCAUUGAGAAUUCGAGGAAGCGCUCUGCCGAGAAGCUCCCUGGCCUGGCUUCCCAAUCCAGUGACAACAACAUCAGUGAAAACAACGGAAGUAAGAAAGACGUGAACUUUGGACUGAAAGCCAAAAAAAGUGUCAUCCACCCAAGAUCAGCUUCAAGCAACAGGUCAAUGAGAUUUUCCUUAUCAUCAGAAAAGUCCUACGCAAAUGGUCUCAACACAUCACUAGAGAACGGUGCACCUUUCCCAAACAACUGUCCACAUGGAAAAGCUGGGGACCUGGUCCACUCCUUAGUCAACGAUGACAUUGAAAAACGAGUGCACGUGAACAAGGAUGGCAGCCUGUCCGUCGAGAUGAAAGUCCGCUUUCGUUUGCUAAAUGACGAGACUCUUCAGUGGUCCACACAGAUCAAGAAGUCCAAUUUGAUGAGUAAGAUGCCCUGUGAAGAGUCAGGGGUAGAGGAAGACAAUGGAGUGGACCCCAUGCAGAAAAUGAACCUAGAAGUCAGCUCAGAGGCCGAAGAGUCAUUAUAUCCCUGCGAUGCUGAUUCCUACGUCUCAAAAUUCGAUGAGUCAGAGUCUGAGGAAACUCAUUGCCACAGCUGUGGCAAGCAGCACCAGGACUAUGACAUUUGGAAGAAUCCCAUGCAUGCUUCCCAGAAAGAGGAGCCUGAUAUAAGAAAAACUUGGCACACACGGUCUUCAUGCUCCAGCACAUCUUCCCGUAGGAGGGUAGUCCACAAAAAGAUGACCUCCGUGGAAAGCAUCCACACCACAUCCAGUGAAGAAUAUUCUGAGCACGUCGUGCAGGAGUCUUCAUGCUAUUCAGAGACUAUAGAAAACAGGGUGGAGUACUGUAACAUUAAAAAGUGUAACUACCGAAGCGCUUUGUCUACAGCUGCCUCCAAUAGAGAAGAGUCACAGGAAUACACCCGAAUGAACACUAGCAGUAGCCAAAAAGCAUCAUCAUUAGGGCCAGUCUCACAUUCAAGUUGUGAAAACAACCUGGAUACUGAAGAAGCUGUUGAUGAAGCCGAGGUCAGUAAGACCGAUUCACAGAACGAGGAUGAAAACUGCAUGGAAGUUUCUUCAGUGAAGUGUUCAAAGGAGGAGAUGGAUGAAAUUGAAGGCAGCAGGGUUGGAAGUAGCUUGUCCAGGUCAUCUCUGCACUCCAGACAAAGUAAGAAGAGUAUGUGUGAGGAAACUAAUAGUGUGGCAAGGACCAUGUCAUCCUGCAGUUUGAAAAAGGCAGAAGAAGAAGAUAUUGCUGCAUGCUCAAGUUCUGCCCAUAGUGUCUACAGCAGAUCUAGCAAGUACAGCGUGCCAAGAGAGAAGAGCGACCAGGACAAACAUUCUGACAAUGAUCCAGUGAUCUCUUCCUUUUCCAGUGAGUCCUGCCCUAAGGAAGAUGCUGACGAGAAGGAAGCAAAACAAGAAGACCACAAAGAUAAUGAAGUCGAUUCAGUAUCAGCACAAAUGGUGCCCAGUGACUCGCUCAAAGAUGACUUCAGCAAAUGUGAAAGAUGUUCUACAGAAGGAUCUUCCCAUUCCAAAGCUUGUGAUGGGAAUAGCAGGAGGAGUGACAGUGACGAAAUACUUGUGUGCAAUGCCUCCUGUUCUUCCAGAACAUCAAAGAGAAGCAAGCACAAAAUCCAGGGCCAAUGUGCAGAGACAGAGGUGUUCAAAACAAGCAAUGAUGGCUGUUCACAAUCCAGUGUGACACGAUCAUCCAAACCCAGGAGGAAAAAAAUGAAGAAUCUUCAUGCUGAGGUGGAAAAUUCUAGCAGAGCAUUGGGAUCAGAGGUUGCCUCGAUGUACAGUUUGCACUGCCCAGCCCCACCAAAAGGAAAGCCAAGCAGCAAAAAAAUACGAUCUGUGGUGUUUAAGAAUUCCUCCAGCACCAGCGCAUGCACUGAGUCAAUGCUGACUGAGGACAAAGAGCAGAAAGAAGUAGUCAACUCUUCCAGACCAACUUCUUCGGGGUCUAAAUCAGCGGAACCUAAUACAAUGAAAGCAGCAGAAAAUAACUCAGAUGAUGAGCAAAAAAAGGAUGGUGGUUCUUGCAAAGAGAAAAUGAAAGAGAAAUUACAAGAGGCCAGUGCACCAGAGGAAGAUGAUCAUGAUUUAGCACCUUCUGCUCUGCCAAAUACAUCUCCAGAAGAAGUUGUCCAGGAGUGGCUAAGCAAAAUUCCUCAAGAGACAUUGCUUAUGAAAUAUGAAAUGGAGGAUGAUGGGGAAGAGGAAUGUGCAGAGACAACCACCGAAAUAUCAAACUGUGCAAAUAAUCAAGAAAUCUCAGAAGAGGAAACUGCUGAGAAAGAGGAUGCAGGGGAAGGUGAAAAUGGUGUAGAGGAGGAAAUGAAAAAAGAGGCAGCCGAAGCCAAUGCUGCUAACGAGGGGGCAGAAGAAUGCCCCAAAGAGGAGAAGACUUCUCAGGUGACAUCAGAAGGAGCUGAAACCAAUCAAGCAGAAUGCAGCCAGUCCAUUGAGACCUCAAGCCAAAAUAAUAACAAAAAGGACUUGCCAAGCACUAUCCAGACUUCCGUGCAGAUAAUGAAGGCACUGCUCAGUUCAAAACAAGAAGCAAAAUUUGACCGCUCAAACAGUUUGCCUGAAGUGUCCCCCACCAUGGGGAGGAAGCUCAGUAACUCUGCCAAUAUUCUGAUCACUUGUCUUGCCAGUCUACAGCUCCUUGACGAAGAGCCAUUAGGUCCAUCGGAUAAGCCAAAAUGCUUGAAUAAGCCUCGAUAUACAGAACUGCUGAACAUUUUUCAGGCCCUGUGGUUUGGAUGCACAGUGGAAAAAGGCGGUCCAAGUUCAGGCCAGCCAGGAAGUGACCAGACAAAGAUGAACUCAGGCUUUAAAGACCAGAACUCAACAUACAAAGACUUCACUCCAAUGUCAUCUUCUGGGGUUGAUGUCAGUAGUGGUUCUGGUGACUCAGGGGAGGGAAGUGUGGCUAGUGCCAGAGAUUGCACCUUAUUGCCCCAGAAGACAGUUAAGUCCAAAUCAGCUGAACAGGGGGCAAGUUUAGAGAAUGAACCGGAACUGAGUGAGACCGAGGGACACGAUAAAGAAGGAGAAGAGUGUUCUCGGCCUUCAACAUCCUGCUCCAAGUCCAAAGAGGAAGACGAAGCAGAGUCCACCGGAGUGGACUCUCCAGAGAGGGGAGCUGAAGCAGACCCCGAUAAAGAUGAUCAGGGUAGUAACUGUGAAAAUGGCGAAGGGGGCGAAAAUGAAGUGGAAGAAAACAGCAAAUUAGAUGAAAAUGAGGGAGAAGCAGAAGCUGAAGCUGGAGAUGAAAUCCCUCCAGAAGCAAAUACUGAUGAGGCAACUGAGCAACCAAGCAACACUGCUGAAAUUGAUGCAAAUGCUGAUGAUGCUAAUUGUGAGAAAGAAGCUGAAUCCAAUUUGGAAGAGGAGGUAGGGAAGGGUUCUCCCAGUGAUCAGGAAGCCAAUGUCAAGGACAUCCCAGAAACCAGUGUGAAAACAUACUCCAUCGCCCCGCAAAAAUCAGUUGACCCCAACCCAGUCUGGGUGCUGAGGCUGCUAAAGAAAAUCGAGAAGGAGUUCAUGACUCACUAUGUUAGUGCCAUGAAUGAGUUCAAGAUCAGGUGGAACUUAGAGAACAAUGAACUGCUAGAUAAAAUGAUAUCGGAGCUGAAGAACGAAGUGAGUAAAAGAAUACAAAAGAGCAUAGAAAAGGAGCUAAGGAAGAUCAAAAGCAGAGCAGGGCAGAGGACUCCAAGGCCUCCAGAUGAAACACUCAGGCGUGAGUCAACAAUCCAGACAGAGCAGAGAAGACAACGGCUGCAGACCAUGCGUAAUAGGUCUCUCUUUAAUGACAGGAAUAUGACCCAGAGUAAGCAGCCGGGGACAACAGACUUAUCAUUUGACAUUGAUGAGGAGGAUUUUGGUCUCAGUACAGCUCUUGCCGAUGAUGUUAGUGAACAACCAAGUGAAGAAGAAUACUGCCCCUGUGACACCUGCAUAAGGAAGAAAAUGGCUUCUAAGCCUAUAAGAAACCCGGUGGUGGCAGCCAAUGCCCCAGUCAUGAAGGCAUUUGACUUAAAGCAAAUCCUGAGGGGAAAUGAAACAGAAAACAAGAUGGUGGACUGUGCCUCAGAAGCAGUUCAGGACAGAGAGGUGAUUCCCAGUGAGCACAUGCAAGAGGCAGAAGAGGAGACCAACCCAAAUGAAGAGGACGGUGAAUAUGAACCUGACCACCCUGAGCAGAAACUGGAUGCGGAUGACGAGAAAGAGCCGCCAGAACAACAUGAAACUGAUGAGCAAGUAGAACAGGAAGUGAAUGAAGAUGAAACAGCCGCUCCUGCUGAGGGAGAUGAAAUUUCAGAUCAUCAAAACUGUGAGGUGGUGACGGAGGAGGAGGAGGAAGACACAGAGAAGGAGGAGGAAGUAGUAGUGGAGGAGGAAACAAAGGAGGAAGAUGAGGAGAAUGAGGAAGAGGAACUGAAACAGGAAGAGAGGGAUGAGGAAGUGAAACAGGAAGAGGAGAAUGAGGAAGAGGAACAGGAACAGGGGAAUGGCGAAGUGGAAGAGGAGGAGAAAGAAGAAGAAGAAGAAACACAAAAUGAAGAUCAGGAAAGUGAGAAAGAGCCCAAGGCUGAAGAGGAGGCUGAGGGCGGAGUGGAGGAGGCCGCGGGCGAGGUCGAUGGGGAUGAUAACGAAGAGAAUGCAUCUGAAUGUGAAGAGAAUGCUGAAGUCUCUGAGGCUGUUGAGGACUCAGAAGAAGCAGCCACAGGCAGAAACGAAGAAGCUGAACAAGAGCCCCAGGCCGAUGCUGGGGAUGAGGCUGUGGAAGAAGCAAGCCCAGAGGUGGAAUGCGAGGCAUGUUCGGAAGCACCAGCAGCUGAGGAGGAAAAUGAAAGUGAAGGAGAUACUGAGUGUGCACAGAAUGGUGAUGAGGCAGCAGAAGCAGCCGGUGAAGAACCUAAGCAAGAUAACGACGAAGACAGAGAUGCAAGGAACAGCGAGGUUCCUGAGGUGGCCUCUGAUGUGACAGGAGACCAAGACUGCAGCAAAGGGCCAGAGACUCUGACCAAAGCAGCCGCCUUCUCCUGUAACUCCUCCAUGGGAAACUGUUCGCAGCAAUCCCAGAAAGGGUCAGAGGAUGGAAGUGAAGGAGAGUGCAGAGGUGAUGGGAAUCUGAAUGAGGACCCUGACAGGGAGGCUAAUAGCGAUGGAGGCAGCAAGCCUGCAAAGAUGUAUCCUGACAGUGAGGACGACGAUGAGGAGGAGGACAGACCAUCCUCAUGCACCAGUCCUGUAGAUGGUGAGAAGAAUGGUGCUGAUGACGCUGACUCCCAAAACAAUGUAGACACCAAUAAUGGCCAGGAGACUAAAAAGAAGGCAGAAAAUGGCGAUGAGAUUGACCAAGACGACUUGGACUUUUAG